AUGGGCAAGUUGAAUUAUUCAGCUAGAAAGAUCACCAGCCUGAAAGCCGGCCAGGUGGUCUCCAAAGAUUUGAAAAAAAGAAUUCCCCCCGGGGCCGGCGCUAAAGCAGCAGUGCGAGAUCCCGUCGUGGAAAUCGACAUCUCGAACAAGGACCUCGCCGAUGAGGGCUUUGCGGAGUUUAUUGAUGACCUGAUUGCGUGUAUCAAGUAUCGCGACGAGGAACACCUAGAAGGAUCCGCCAAGGUGACUGAAUUGCAUCUGCAAGGCAAUCAACUAACAGUUCUGUCACUUCGGAAGCUGUCUGAGGUGGUCAAGUCCUCAGCUGCCGACUUGAGAGAGUUGGAUAUUUCGCACAAUAAAUUCGAGAUUCGCACUCCCCAGGAGCAGGAGAUCUGGCACGACUUCCUCGCUUCGUUCAAGGAUUGCUUCAUGCUCAAGAAGUUGGAUCUUGGAAACAAUCCGUUAGGGGCAAAGGGAAUCGAGAUCUUGGCGCGUGUCUAUAUGCACAGCGAUUUGGACUACCUGGAGGCGGAUGCCGAUGCCAUUAUCGGCCUGGACGGUGACAACGCUCAAGAGGAGGAGACAAUCGAGCAAGAUCUGGCGAAUCUGCAGAUCACCAAUGGAAAGGAGAAUGAGCCGCCUAAGAAGACUGCUGCAAAACAGUCGCCCAAGAGAGGCAAGGUGGUCCAACAGAACGGCUCAUCUCAUGCUUCGUCUGCUGCAAAGAAGCCCAGCCAUGACGAGUUGAAGUACUACGCUUGUACCCGUGGCUUGCGCUCGAUUCCAUUCCUUAUUCUGUCCAACACGAACUUGACCGGUAGCUGCGCUGUCCAUUUGUCAAGCAUGCUAAGCAUGCAUCGAACUCCCGAACAGCUUUUGGCUUUCCUCCCCAGCGGCAAGGGGCCAUCCCUGCCAGGUACUGCACAGCAGUGCAAGGGAAUUAUCUGGCUUCCGAACGAAGGCCUAGGACCGAACGAAUGCAAAUUCCUCGACAAAGCCGAGAUGGUUGGCGAACUCAUGUCCAACGAUGGCACGGGAAUUGAUGAGCUCAGCGAAGAGGACGACCACCGCGCGGCUCAACGCAAAAUGCAGAAGAAAUUGGACAUUGAAUAUGCACGUCUUGGGAAACGAGUUUGCAUGAAUGCGAUGAAAAACGAAGGCGUGCGUGAUAGUGACCUGUGGAGGACUGCCUUGAAAAUGAUGGUGGUCUCUCGUGCCAUCCUGCUGGACGACUAUGAUCGUGCUAACGAAGCCGCCCCUGAGGAAGAGGAAAGCCCUCCCAGUGCCGAGGAGACGGUGGAAGAAGAGAAGGUGGAGGACGUGAAGGUGGAAGAGGAGCCCGCCGAACCAAGCCCAGAGGAAGUCCUUGAUGAGUUUCCACUCUUUGAGCCUUACCCCAUUGGACCCUUCCAUCCCGGAGCCCAGCAUUUUGAGGUGAACUUCCCCUCUCUGCAGCCAGCCAUCAAGAACAAAGGGCCUGAGUCUCAAGGGACCAAGAGCCCCGAAACCCAAGAGAUCAAGAGCUCAGAGUCUCCAAGCCAGGCACCUCGCUCAGGAAAGGGCAGAGGCCAUUCCAAUUCUGUUACUCGCAGCUCUCACAAGGGAGGAUGGCGGUUCGGAGUGCCCUUUGCGUUCUGGCGACGCAUCAUUGCGGAUGCCGUUGGCGCAGAUGAUAUCCUCAGUAUCCAGCAGCAGAUACGCGUCAUGAUCUAUGCCGCGGACUGGGAUGCUCUGGCCUAUGAGAUGACCAUCCGAGGAGCUGAAGAACACCAGCAGAUUUGGAAGUUCCUCGAGACUGUCAAGUGCAUCAACUACAGCUCUUUGUCUUGA